AAAACACACAGCUGUCAAACGAAUGGGACGUAAAUAAACGUGAUUUUGGUAGAAACAUGCGGUCGGUUUAAAAAGUUCUUUCUCAGUGUAAAACAGCUGUAUUUCUUAUAACAUAAAUAGAUUAUCAUGCCGGUAGAAAUGGAGAACGACUUACUCGAAAGUGUCGACCGAAACGAAAGCGACGGAGAUGAGGAAAUAGACGAAAAGGCACAUGCGAAGCUUAUCGAUGGUAUCAACAACCUGACUGGUUCGCACUUCAUUCGCGAGGUAACACGCACGGAACCAUUCUUGAAGCGUACCGAGUUCGGGCUAGCUAAAUCGAAAAAUGAAAAAGUUCGGUUGGGCGAUUUGGUGAAUUUUUUCAUCCGAACAAAGAAACACACUGCCGUGGUGAAGCAGCUAACUGAAUUCAAGUCCAAGGCGCCUCUUAAGCAGCCGCUCGAGAAACCGGCCGCGGAUAGGAUUGAACGGAAAGCGGGCUUCGAGCGUGUUCAGAAAGAACUUGGUCGAUGGGAAGCGGUCGUAACGGCAACGCAGGUUGCGCCGCAAACGGUGUAUCCGCUGCUCUACGGUGGAACGAAGGUUCACGAUGCUCCACCGAAGAAACUAUCUGAGUAUCGCGUCAAGACGAAGCUCAUGGAAGAGAUGGAGGAGCUUGAUAGGACCUACGGAGGUUCGGAAGAUGAUGAGGGUGAAAAUUCCGAUCAUAAUUCACCGAACUAUGCACUUACGCUGGAAGAGAUGCGUGAAAAGGCACGUGAACGUACCAGACAAAAGUUGCGCGAAUCCUAUGCAAUUGCCAAGGGUCGCCGAAUGAACAGGAUCAAGAGUAAGAAAUACCAUCGCCUGCUGAAGAAGGACAAACUGAAGGAGCAGAUGAAAAAGUUCGAAGAGCUGAAAGAAAAGAAUCCUGUGGAAGCAUUCCGGCAGCUCGAUGGUAUUGCCAAACAGCGGCAUCAGGAGCGUGUUUCGUUGCGCCAUAAAAAUACUGGCACCUGGGCCAAAAAUCUUCAAGUGCGUGCAAAGUACGAUACGGAAGUAAGGCGUGAGCUAGCCGAACAGCUUGCCAUCGGACGGGAGUUGACGGCUAAACGUUUAAAGGAAGACAGCAGUUCCGAGUCGGAUGGUGAAAUGGAACUGCCGAUGAGCCGGAAAAGCGAAACUAAUCCAUGGAUGGAAAGUGCUAGCAACCAUGAAGAGGUUGGCAGUAAUGAAAAUAAACUUUCUAGCGGGUAUCGUAAAUACUGGCAAGAGCGUAACCAGAUCGAACUUAUUAAAAAGCAGAUAAAUGCAGAAGGACAAGAAACGGAUGGAAAAGUGACGACAGAAAAUGGAAAUGGAUAUCAUUCGGAAGAUGCGGAUGAAGCUGUUAAACUAUCAAAACUGAAUGGUGUUAAAAAACGACCUAAGAAAAGAAAAGAUAAAAUUGUAAUGGCAUCCGGUGCCUGGAAUGUAGAAGAAAUCAAUCCAGAACAGAUUGAAUUGGACACGGAUUCGAAGACGAAAGCUAAAAAAAAGCGAAAAGGUAACGUUCCUAGUGUGGAGCAAAUGUUUCAAGAAGCUGAGGAUAUGAUCCAAGAUGUUCUAAACAACAAGCUAGAAUUAAUGCAUCGCAGCAUCGAGGAAGAGAAUGUUGUGAAACAGAGGCCUAAUAGAAAGGGGAAAAAAUCAAAACAGGAUAAAGACAAUUCAAAGGACUUGAGUUUCAAGAAACAGGCUACCUUAGCCGACGCCGAUGAGCAAAUGAAUGAAACUGCAGGGAGUGCAGCAAUGGAUCAACCGAACGCAUUGACCGCAUUGAAACAGGCAAAGUCCUCGAUCGAUAGUGUAAUGACUCCGUCGACUAAACCGUCAGCAGAAAUCAAUCUAAACCAAGUGGUGCAGAUGAAACCGAAGCAUCUGCUAACUGCUAUUCCCACCACCAUCAUGUCCGGUGAACUGUCGGAUGAUGAGGAAGCGGACGAUGCCCACCGUCUAACGAUUGCCGAAGCCUUCGAGGAUGAUGAUAUUGUGGCAGACUUUGCGAAAGAAAAGCAGGACGAACGUCAGAAAGAUAUUCCGCAAGAGGUGGAACAAACCCUGCCGGGUUGGGGCCAUUGGGCUGGUGCAGGCAUUCAACCGAUCACGCAACGUCAAACCGCUCGAAAGAUCUUUAAACCACCGCCGCAACUAACACGGCGCGAUGAUAAUCGAGAUCAAGUGAUCAUCAACGAGGAUGGACUUAAGAACGAUAAGCUGAGCGCCCAUCUGGUCAACGAGGUGCCGUUCCCGUUCCUCAGGGUAAAGGAUUAUGAGGCGUCUCUGAGGGCUCCCGUAGGACGGACGUUCAUACCCGAAACGGCCCAUGCAGUAAUGGUGGAGCCGCGCAUUAUCACCAAGCAGGGUGCCGUAAUUGAGCCGAUGAAGAAAGCGAUGCUGGUGGAGAAUCCAAAAAAGUUAACGAAGGUCGGCAAGAAACAACGUAGCGAAGCUGUUGACAAUUACAAUAACUAUAUUGGAAAGCGUUUGAGAACGGCUUUGGGCGGUGAGAUGAAUUCGCAACUAUAGACCAAGAUGGGGGG